AACAAUUUGGACAUUUUAUUCAACAACUGUUCGUCACUGAAACACUUGGAUAUGAUAGCGUCGGGCGGUUUCAACGCCCGUAACGUAAUCAAUAGGAGUCAAUAUUUGACAGUUCCGGUCAACGAACGGCUCAUACACUUUGUGGACACCACUUCAGCGGCGGUCAGUCACUGUCAGAUCGCUGUCUGCAACUCAUUCAUCAACUCUUCAGUCUGCGUGGAAGUGAUGUCCGCAACCGAACUGAUGGUCGGUUUGGUUUCGGGCACGAAAUACGCGCCCCUUAUUAAGUCACACCUGAGCGCUGUGUUGGCCACUGAGUUGGCCUGCGUUGAGACCCGCAGUGAUUAUCUGCGAAACACUAUAUUAUCGAUGUUUAGGAUAUUGAGUGAUAGAAAGUGCGAGAAUCUCAACAAUGUUAACAUCAUUAUAGCCCACAUGAUUGCGGACACGAGUGCCGGCACUGUUGUGGUCAAGUUGGCCACUGCGGGCCAGUGGACGAGCCUGAGGCAGGUGCCGCUCAGUGACCGUCAUCGUAAUAAUAGUACAAAUAAUAAUAAUAAUAAUAACAGUAAUAAUAGCCUUUCGCCCAAAAUCAUAAACCUGUGUUCAAAGCAGUGUUCAAAGGGAUCGAUGGCUGGAAAGGGUAGGGAUAAUGGCAAGGGUUUGGUCGGCGAUCCCAUUUGUCACGAGUUGACGCUAUCGGGCGAUAACAUCGGCGGCCAAACCACUGCCCUAUUGAUGGGUAUAAACAUCGGCGGCGACGACGACGAAGAGGACGCCUCGACGACAACCAAUGAAUUGUUUGCGUCGAAAGAGUUGUCGAGUUUGACGGAUAAGUUGAAGCGAUUCACAGAAGUGGUGAACGCGAGGAAUAAUUAUCUCAAUAAUUGCGAGGAUUGCGAUAAUCAUUGUUUUGGUGCAAACUUUCUGGCGCUCGCUAUUCAUCCGAAACUAAUCAAAGACAAUAGUACCUGUGAAGAGGAGUCGAGCCUAAAGUCUUCGUCGUCUAACACGAGUGACACAAACGACUCGACCCAAGACUCGGCCCACGACUCCAUCAACGACUCGACCAUAGACUCGGAGCACUCGGAGAAGUACCGGAGCUGGGAAUACAUCCUCGAAGAGAACCACAAAUGUCUGUUCAAUAAGGAGUUGGAAGCGCUCAAAGACGUGGACACCAAUCGCUUCGACAGUAUCUCCAGUCGUAAACUCAAGUCAAACAAUACUCCUAUCAUUUCAUUACAACAAUUCAUUACCCGAACCGAGAAAUACAAGAAAUACGAUUCAAACACUUUUAAAACAAUCGCCGACACAUUGUUUUGUCGGGAGUCCGGAGCCCAUCCCUCGACCAGAUUUGUUGAACUACCAGUCGGACUAUCCCUCAACUCUACCAUCACUUCAACACCUGUUGGACUAUCCCUUUGGAGGACUCCCAACACCACAGGUCUUAAAGUGAUGGCAUUGUCUCAGAACUCCCAACACCCCUGGCCUCCCAUCUGUGCCCACCUCUGCCCCAACGGCCAGUCGGACUAUCCCUCAACACUACCACCACUUCAAGACCUGUUGGACUAUCCCUUAGGACUCCCAACACCACAGUCUGACUAUCGAUGUGUUGACUCUCAACACCUAUGGCCUCAAAUCGGUGCCCAAUUCUAUCCCAACGAUUGUGGAGAUCUCAAUAGAGAAGAUCCACGGCUUACACACGUCUCACUCCAAAUGGACGUACAGUUGAUUACAAGUUUGUCCGCACCGGUGGUCACAGUUUGGGAACCGAUGAGACGAUUAGUUACACGGCGUCCGACACAUGACACCAGUUCUCGCACAUGGAGUCCAAACAGAUGGAUAACUCUCGACGCCGAUCACAGAAAUGGUUACAUUUUGGGACCGAUACAAACGGUUCCCAUUCGGCGGUUGGCCUCCGACCAGACGAUGGUUGACUCGUUGCCACUCAACACAAGUGAAGACACGACAGGUCUUUACUGCCAUCGAUUGCAGGACAAGUCAUUGUUGGCCACCAAACAGAUGGUGAGACCAGAGUCUCACUCAAGUGAUGACAGUUUUGGGACCGAACAGAAUGUUCCCAAUCGGGGCUGA